UCUCUCUUCAGAAAGUUGAAAUAAUUCACCCAGAACAAAUUUGGCUUGAUGUCCCAUCAUUUGAUCAUUUGGACAUGGAGCUGUAUUAGCUGGGGAGACCAAAAGUCUCUGUGACGAGUCGUUCGUCCAAGAAGAACAGCUCCUUUCGAAAUGAGCUGUUACUCCCGUUAGAACGAUAUAUCCCCUCCAAUCCUUUCAUCCUUCUCCGCAUUUUCCCUCAACCACUCGGCCACAAACUUGAACUGUCCUUUCUCCUGGCGGCCUCGUUUCCUCUUGUCCAUCGCUAUCAAAGUGAUCAUUAUUAUGUCUAUAUAACAAUCAUCUCAUUUUCUAAGAAGAUCUUGUAAAAUCAAGGCUGUUUCUUUGACCUUGUGAACAAAGGCAAGGAUUGCCUCAUUGUCGUGUCAAUCUCGACAUAGUCAUGGCUCCCCCCGUAUCAUCGCUGGCCGACGAUAUCGCUGCGUAUAAACCCUUCGCUGAAGCCUCCAGAGCGGAGCCGUCGACAGAAGCUGGUCUUGCACCUGAUCGAUCGCAAAUACGGGGCUCAACGGAAGACGCGGCGAGAACGAUCAAUGCUCAGACUCUGGCUCCAACCUCAGCGCCUGAAGGAUCUGUUCCCAGUUUGGCUUCGCGACGUCGUGCUCGACGAUUGCUGCCAUGGACUGGGCCGUUCCGGUUUUUCGACCUUCCUUACGAACUUCGAGAUCGCAUCUACGAGUUUGUUCUCGUGCACAAUGAGCGUCUGCCUGUACCUAUCGACAUGUCUCCAUCCAACCCUCGCCUGGUUGCUCCAGUGCUUGAUUGUUUCCUUACCUCCAAGCAGUUUUACGAAGAAGCCUAUCCUGUCUUUUACGGUCGCAAUACAUUCCGGCUGUUUCCCAUGGACGGGCGUUUCUUCUCGAAAAAGCCGCUUUUUGUUCGACUCCCUCCCCACUAUCGCGCAUCAGUGUCCUCGCUUGAGCUCUGUCUGGGACGGGGCUGGACAUCUCCGCCGAAAACGCAAGCCGUCACACCGAAGCUCGGUCUGUCAGACGCGAAGAAUGUGCGAAAAUUGAAAAUAUUCAUCGAAUGCGACCCUUCCCAUGAAGUGUUUCAAGGGUUUCGUGUCGAUCAGGACUUCUACACCACGUUUGCAACAAGAUUGUUGAAGGCGAUUAUGGAAAGUGUGCCGAGUAUAGAGAUCAUUGAGUUCGACGCCUGGCCCUCGGUCAAGAAGAAGGACCAAUUAAUGAGUCGCCUGCUUCAAGACACGAGAAGAGCUGGGAAAAGAAUAACGUGGGGCUCUAACAGGGGCUGGCGAGAUGGCGAAGAGGAUGAAGAUAACCGUAAUGAUCAUAAUGAUGAGACAUAUUUAAUGAUGCAUAGGCACAGUCUGUUCGCGGCAGUUGCAUGAUUUGACGAUAGGACAAUUUGAUAUAGAUUUGGAUAGUCUUGACAAUGUUGUUGGAGAAAUUAAAAAAAAUAAUCAAAUCGGAUUUUGAUGUAUAAACCUCUUGAUUCUAUACCCGAGUUGUCUUCGCAGAAAUCCGCAUGG